UGUUGGUGUUCAUCAUGUCAUCUCAUGGAGGGCUAUGCUUUAUCGUGUUUCAGUGCUCAGUCUUUGUCUACAGCAGCGUUCAGAAGCACACCCGCCAUCUCAGAUGUCUGAUUUUACUACAAUUUUCCUAUUAUCAGCCGUCAUGUCCGUUAUCAGCCAGAGCGAAAGUAGUUAGCCGCUUUCAGUGUGAGCCGCAGAUAUUUGCAUCCCUGAGUUUAAUCAGAAGCUCCUCUUUCACAGGAUCCGAGAUGUCGCUCGCCCCUUAAAUCACUUUCUGCACCACCGAAAGUGACUGCUGUCCUCAGCCCAUCUGUUUGCCUGCUCUUCACCUUCAGCCUCGGCCUGGUCUGUGAGCAGUCAUGACCAAAUCAUACGAGUUCAACUGGCAGAAACACGUUCCUGACUUCCUGCAGGAAGGAGCUGUGUUUGACCGAUUCGAUGAGGAUCCCUUCGUCUUUGAGCCCAGCUGCCAUUUCAAAGUCGACGAGUUUGGCUUCUUUCUCACGUGGAAAAGUGACGGAAAGGAAGGUCAGCUUCUAGAAAGUUCUCUGAUCAACAGCGUCCGUCCCGGAGUCGUGCCGAAGGACCCGAAGAUCCUGGCGUCUCUGGAAGCGGCGGGGAAGAGCGAGGCGGAUCUGGACGGUCGCAUCAUCUGCGUCUGCAGUGGGCCGGACCUGGUCAACCUCAGCUUCAUGUACAUGGUGACGGACAACACGGAUACGGCCAAGAAAUGGAUGGAAGGCCUGAAAUCAGUGAUUCACAACUUCAAGGCGAAUAACGUGUGUCCAAUGACGUGUCUGAAGAAGCAUUGGAUGAGACUCUCCUUCGUAACAAAUGUCAACGGCAAAAUCCCGGUCCGAUGCAUAACACGGACGUUCGGCUCGGGUAAAACAGAGAAGGGAAUCUUCCAGGCGCUGAAGGAGCUCGGUCUCCCCAGCGGGAAGAAUGAUGAAAUCGAGCAUUCGGCCUUCACCUUCGACAUCUUCUACGCUCUGACGCAGAAGAUCUGCCCUCGCACGGACAUCGAGGAGCUCUUCAAGAAGAUCAACGGAGACAAAAGUGAUUAUUUAACCUUAGAGCAGUUAGUCAGCUUUCUGAAUGAAAACCAGCGGGACCCUCGACUCAACGAGAUCCUCUUCCCCUUUUAUGAAGCCAAACGAGUCAUGCAGAUCAUUGAGAAGUACGAGAGAGACGCCGACUUGAAAAAGAAAGGUCACAUGUCCAGCGAUGGCUUCUGCCGCUACCUGAUGUCAGACGAGAAUGCGCCGGUGUUUCUGGACCGUCUGGAUCUGUGUCAGGAGAUGGAGCAUCCGCUGGCUCAUUACUUGAUCAGCUCCUCACACAACACCUACCUGACGGGCCGGCAGUUCGGCGGGAAGUCCUCGGUGGAGAUGUACCGACAGGUGCUGCUGUCUGGAUGCAGGUGCGUGGAGCUGGACUGCUGGGACGGUAAAGGUGAGGAUCAGGAGCCCAUCAUCACUCAUGGAAAGGCCAUGUGCACCGACAUCUUGUUCAAAGAUGUAAUUCAAGCCAUAAAGGACACGGCGUUUGUAACGUCUGAAUAUCCUGUCAUUCUGUCGUUUGAGAACCACUGCAGUAAAACGCAGCAGUAUAAGAUGGCCAAGUACUGCGAGGAGAUCUUCGGAGAGCUGUUGCUGAAGCAGCCGCUGGAGGGAUUCCCAGUACGUGAUCUAUUCCCCCGCACACAGAUCCAGACCUUCAUGGAAAAUAUCGAAGCCGGGCAGCCGCUGCCAUCGCCCAGCGACCUCAAGCGCAAAAUACUCAUCAAGAACAAGCGCUUGAAGCCUGAAGUGGAGCAGAAGCAGCUGGAGUCAUUUAAGAAGCACAUGGAGGCUGGAGAGAUGAGCAUACAGACCGGAGAAGAUGAGAACGAUGAAGAUCUGGACAGCGCGCUGGAAGGUAAAGAGCUGAACUCAGACAUGAAGACCAGCAACACUCUAUCUCUGUCGGAGGAUCCCAGCGAUCCGGACGCACAGGACAGCAGCCUCAGGAAGAAGAUCCCAGAUGAAGACGUCACCGAGAUCUCAGAAGCGACUGAAAUCACGGACGCCACCGACGUGUCCGAAGCGUCGGAGCUGGAGAACAAGAAGAAGGGUGUAGAAACGGCUGAAGAUGCUGAUGCCGAGCAGCAGCUCAUCGCCUCGUAUAAGUAUGAAGGAGCCACGACCAACAUCCACCCGUACCUGUCAGCAAUGGUCAACUACGCUCAGCCCGUCAAGUUCCAGAGCUUCGAGGUCGCCGAGGAGAGGAACAUCCAUCACAACAUGUCGUCCUUCAACGAGUCUGUGGGUUUGGGCUAUCUGAAGACGAACGCCAUUGAGUUUGUGAACUACAACAAGCGGCAGAUGAGCCGCAUCUACCCCAAAGGAGGCCGCGUGGACUCCAGCAAUUACAUGUCUUCUGUCUUCUGGAACGCCGGCUGCCAGAUGGUGUCUCUGAACUUCCAGACUCCAGAUCUGGGCAUGCAGCUGAAUCAGGGGAAGUUCGAGUACAACGGCGCAUGCGGGUACCUCCUGAAACCAGACUUCAUGCGCCGCGCUGACAGAAUGUUCGACCCGUUCUCUGAGACGCCAGUAGAUGGAGUGAUAGCAGCGACCUGCAGCGUUCCUCAGGUGUUCUCGGGUCAGUUCUUAUCGGAUAAGAAGAUCGGCACGUAUGUGGAGGUGGACAUGUACGGCCUUCCCACCGACACCAUCCGGAAAGAGUUCCGCACACGUAUGGUGAUGAACAACGGCCUGAACCCGUACUACAACGAGGAGCCCUUCGUCUUCAGGAAGGUGAUCCUGCCGGAUCUGGCCGUGCUGCGCAUCGCUGUGUACGACGACAACAACAAGCUGAUCGGUCAGAGGAUCCUGCCGCUAGACGGACUGCAGGCGGGUUACCGACACAUCUCGCUGCGCAACGAGGGGAACAAGCCGCUGUCACUGCCCACCGUCUUCUGCAACAUCGUCCUGAAGACAUAUGUGCCAGAUGGCUUCGGCGCCAUCGUUGACGCUCUUUCUGAUCCAAAGAAGUUCCUCACCAUCGCAGAGAAACGCGCCGAUCAGAUGCGAGCUCUCGGGAUCGAAACGAGCGACAUCGCAGACGUUCCCAACGAAAGCUGCAAGAGCGAUAAGAAGGGAAAAGUGAGUCAGGUGAAGACCAACGUGACGCCGCAGAGCAGCUCCGAUGUGAACGCCACACAGAACAACGUCAGCGAGAACAAACGCGAUAACUUUGCCAUUUUGAAUCUGGUGAACAUUGAAGAUUUGAAGCAGAUGAAGACCUUCAUUAAACUGAUGAAGAAGCAGCAGAAGGAACUGAACACGCUAAAGAAACGACACGCUAAGGAACACAACGCCAUGCAGAAAUCACACUGCACGCAGGUGGACAGAAUGGUGGCUCAGCAUGACAAGGAGAAGUUCUCGCUGGAGAAGCUGCUGGAGAAGGCCAUCAAGAAGAGAGGAGAAAACAACUGCUCCGAGUUAAAGAAGGAAACGGCCAUUAAGGUUGAGACGCUCACGACAGACCAUAAAGAAAAGGUGAAGGACAUUGUGGCGCAGCACACUAAAGAGUGGUCAGAGAUGAUCAACUGUCACAGCACAGAGGAACAAGAAAUGAAGGACGCCCAUGUGACGCAGCAGUGUGAGCUCCUCAGGAAGCUGCUGGCCAGCGUUCAGGAGCAGCAGACACUGCAGCUCAAGCUCAUCCACGAGCGGCAAAGCAAAGAGAUGAAGGGCAAUCAGGCGAAGACGUCGAUGGAGAACAGCAAAGCCAUCAGCCAGGACAAGAGCAUCAAAAACAAGGCGGAGCGCGAGAGGAGAGUUCGGGAGCUGAACAGCAGCAACACCAAAAAGUUCCUGGAGGAGAGAAAAAGGCUGGCCAUGAAGCAGGCGAAGGAGCUGGAGCAGCUGCAGAAGUCUCAGCGCGAGCAGCUGGACAAACUCGAGAAGUUCAACGAGCAGCUUUUGAAAUCACAUCAUGCAAACAGUCAGACUCAAGGCCAAAGACAUGCAGAAGAUGGUGAAGCUGGAGGAGGACAUGGACCGCAGACCAGCCACGGUGGUGUAAGCGCUCCACCCGUCAACUGAGACGAGAGCGGACCCUCACCAACCUCCACACGAGCGAGCUCCGUCCCGUCGGGCUCCGUCUUCAUCUGUGCUUCAUCCCGACUCUCUGCAGCCUGCAGUCUGUAAACCCCGCCCCUACCUCAGCUCUAGUCCCGCCCACCGCGGUUAACUCCUCCUCUGCAGCGGCGUCCAGCCAAUCCGACUCUUACCGUAGCUCCGCCCACGCCGCUCAGACCAGCUCCUGAGGACAUGUUUUUAUACACCACCAUCAUCAUCAUCUUCAUCAGCAGCGCUGCAGCCAUUAUGGGCCGACAACUCAGAAGUGUUCUUUUCAGCUCGUAUCUUAACUGAGCUAGUUAACCGUAGCAGAGUCAGGCGAACGAUGCGCUUUGCACCGUUCCUGAGCACUUUAUAUGUGAUAGGAUUCAGAGGAUCUUUGCCGAUGUAGCAGAGCUCUAGCUUUCCUCUGUACACUACGAAUGUAGACGCGUCUGGAAACCAGAUCACACGAGUGUCCCGAGCUUUUAUCAUCUGUUCCUCUCCGUUUUUUAAGAUCAGACUCACACGUCGUGUUAUUUCUGCGGUUUUAAUCAGGCUUUGAGAUGGAGAUGAUGGAGGUGCUAUCCUGAGAAUCGCCGGCUCCUCGCACGGAUUCGGAGGAGCGCAACCAUCUGCUCUUCUCCGACACGACACUGAACUUUGGUUUCACUUGUGUUUGUUAUUUUAUUUUCCGGUGUAAUGUAUCGGUACUUGUUUUAAAGAGAGGUGAUUGUACACUGCAAAAAAAAAAAAUGUUCUUAGUACUUAUGGCUUGUUAACC